CAAAGUUGUAUAUACUUUCUUUAGAACUCGGAGGUUUUAUUCGACUAUAAUAUGAGUCUCUAUGUUGGUGCUCAGCAAGACAAAACCAACUCGGCCACUGUGUAUGUAUUAGUUGCAUAUACAAAACAAACGAUUCUGAUAUUACUGCUAAUUUGGAAAUAUCGAAUCAUUUGGCGACACAGAGGUUCUGAACCAUUCACCAUAACUUCAAAUCAAGAUUUUAAAUUAGUUUUUUUGUUGGUGGGGCUGUCAGACUUCUAAAGUCAAAUAUGGCUCGGUCUCGUGGGAAUUCUCAAGCAGCUAAUGAGGAUAACACCCGAACCUCAAGGAGAAAAACGACUGCUUCCACUGCAGAAAAUUUACUAUCAUCUUCAGGUCAAGGUUCUUGUGAAGGGAAUAGGGCUUUUUACCAUUGCAACUAUUGCAACAAGGACAUCACAGGAAAGACUCGAAUCAAAUGUGCUGUUUGUCCUGAUUUUGACUUAUGCAUAGAGUGCUUUUCAGUUGGGGCCGAGGUGACACCUCACAAAACUCAUCAUCCUUACAGGAUUAUGAAUGAUUUAUCAUUCCCUGUUUUUUGCCUUAACUGGGAUGCACAGGAAGAAAUGUCACUUCUGGAGGGGAUUGAGAUGUAUGGUCUAGAAAACUGGGCAGAAGUGGCUGUGCAUGUAGGGACCAAGACUAAAGAAGAGUGCGUUGAGCACUACAGAAAUGUGUACUUGAACUCCCCAAACUUCGUUCCGGACAUGUCUGGUGUGAACAGGGAAAACAAGAACGAACAAGUAUGAUGUGUUCAUGAAAUCCAUUGGGUGUUGUUAAAGAGAUCUUAAGAGAUUUAGGAAUAAGCUACACAAAUUGGUUGACUCAUUAAAUUAUGAUAAUAGAUCAAAUCUUAAAUU